AUGAACUCAAAGAUAUUUGUUGCUAUUACUUUAAUCCUACUUGGAAUUCAAUGUGUCUCUGCAUUUGAUGAAAGAGCUUUUGGAGAAGAAGCUGCUAAAUUAAUAACUGUUUAGGGUUUACACAACUUUAACAAAUGGGAAAGAAGCUUUAGCUCAGGACGUAGUCGUACCUAUCUAUCAGAAGAAGAAAGAACUUACCGUCAAAUUGUUUUCCUUUAGAAUGAUUAGAAUAUCUAAAAACACAACAGUGACAGCAACAAUACUUACAAGCUUUAACACAACCAGUUCUCUGACAUGACAAAAGAUGAAUUUGCCCAUCGUGUCCUUAAUUCCUAACUCAAAACUUCUGCAUCUUCUUCUUCUUAACCUGCUUAAACUCCCUAACUAAGAGGAAGUGUAGAUGCUAGUUUGAAUGCAAGUCAAGGAUUUGACUGGAGAAAUUACUAAGGUGUUCUUGGUAAUGUUAAAAAUUAAGGUUAGUGUGGUUCAUGCUGGACAUUUGCAACUGCAGGUGUUUUAGAAUCCUAUUAUGCUCUUAAGUAUCAAUAAUCUCUUAUUUUCUCUGAAUAAGAUAUUGUUGAUUGCGCUUCACGUUCUUAUGGCUAUUAAUCUGAUGGUUGCAAUGGCGGUUUCCCCAGCGAAGGAUUACAAUAUGCAUCCACAGUUGGUCUAGUUUAAUCUGAUUACUAUCCUUAUGUUGCUGUCUAAGGUACUUGCAGAUAAGUCAAUGCUCCUCGUUAUCAGUUGUUAGAUUAAUACUACUCAGUAUAAUAAUCUUCCAGUGCACUUUAGUAUGCAAUUACAAGAGCUCCUACUGCUGUUGGUGUAGAUGCUAGUACUUGGUAAUUCUACAAUAGUGGUGUUUAUAACGGUUGUGGUAAAACUUAAAGAAAUCAAUUAAAUCACGCUGUUAUUGCAGUUGGUUAUGAUGCCUACGGAAACUGGAUUAUUAGAAACUCAUGGGGCACAAGCUGGGGACAAAGUGGUUAUAUUACUCUUGCUAGAGGAAAUACUUGUGGUGUUCUCUAUGAUAACUAUGCCAUAAAUAUUUGA